GUCAAAAUGCCUACAUCAAAUAAAAAAUCGUCACCGAACUCUGCUGCCAAUCAAUGUGCAAUAUGUCUGUCUAACAUAGAACCAAAGAAGAGAUCAGUGAUCUCGACAUGUCUUCAUGAGUUUUGCUUCUCGUGCAUUAAAAAGUGGUCCAAGGAAAAUGCAGUUUGUCCGCUCUGUAAGCAAAAUUUUACAGAGAUUUUAAGCAACAUCAGAUCGGAUGCUGACUAUGAUGUUUACAAAAUAACAAUAACCAACCAAACAGGAUAUAGAAGGUAUAACCGGUCAAAAAUUUUGUUUAUUUUCUACUAA